CUCCGUUUCUACCGGUCUCCCCUCCUUCUCUCUCAUGGUCGGCGGCGAAGGAAGGAUGAGACACCACCACAGAGCACCGUCGUCUUCCUCCUCCUCCGGCAGCAACGGCGGGCGGCUGGCGGUCCCGCAUCUGGCCUGCGCCGCCGCAUUCCUCUGCCUCUUCGUCUUCGCCACCCAAUCUUCCUUCUUCGCAGGGGACCAAAGUUCGGAUCUCGACGGGCGGGAAGUUCGGGUCUUGUCCGGUUUCCAGUCCAGCGUGCAACAAUGCGUGGCCAAGAGAGGGCUUGGGCUUUCCGCGCACAUAAUUGAUCAUUGCAACUUAGUCCUGAAGUUCCCAAAAGGCACUAACAGUACUUGGUACAAUGCACAGUUUAAGAUCUUUGAGCCCUUGGAGUACAAGUAUGAUGUCUGUGAGGCCAUCUUGUUAUGGGAACAGUAUCGUAACAUGACUACCGUGCUGACUAGAGAAUAUCUUGAUGCUCGGCCAGAUGGAUGGCUGGAAUAUGCAGCAAAAAGAAUAGCACAGCUGGGUGUUGAUAAAUGCUACAAUCGAACUCUUUGUGAGGAGCAUUUGAAUAUGAUUCUACCAUCAAAUCCUCCCUUUCACCCCCGACAGUUUCACAGAUGUGCUGUUGUCGGAAACUCUGGAGAUUUGUUGAAGACAGAGUUUGGAGAAGAGAUAGACAGUCAUGAUGCUGUAAUUAGAGAAAAUGAGGCUCCCGUUAAUGAGAAAUAUGCCAAAUAUGUUGGCAUGAAAAGGGAUUUCCGCCUCGUGGUUCGUGGUGGUGCUCGAAACAUGAUUGCCAUACUGAAUGGGUCUGAUGAUGAGGUACUCAUAAUCAAAAGUAUGACUCAUCGAGACUUCAAUGCAAUGAUAAAGAAAGUUCCAAAUCCCGUCUAUCUGUUUCAAGGGAUUGUGUUGCGCAGAGGAGCAAAGGGGACUGGAAUGAAGUCUAUUGAGCUAGCACUCUCUAUGUGUGAUACUGUCGACAUAUAUGGUUUCACUGUUGAUCCAGGUUAUACGGAAUGGACUCGUUAUUUCUCUGAACCGAAGAAAGGUCAUAAUCCACUUCAAGGGCGGGCUUAUUAUCAGCUAUUAGAGUGCCUUGGUGUUAUAAGAAUCCAUUCUCCCAUGAGGGCCAAAAUGAAGCAAGAUUGGUCAGAUGUGCCUAAUCGCGAUUUGAUAAGAAGUGCUCAUGCGGCUGCAUUGCGCUUAAAGAAGAGUCAAGCUGGUCAGAGUGGUGGACAGGGACAGUUUGGUAGUUGUAAGGUUUGGGGCAAUGCAGACCCUAAAAACAAUGGGCGGGUCUCUGGUUCUUCAGACAUGAGUGAUCUCAGGAAAUAUUCGAAUUACAGCAAAUGGGAACUCAUGCCUCUAGAGAAGCUAAGGAAGGAAGCACGAGAUCAUUUUAUCCAUAUGGAAGGUGUAUCCCUGUACAAAAUGGAUGGAAACAAGUUGGAUGAUCUUGUCUGUGUACGGCACGCUCUAAGAUCAGAGGCAUGAUCAAUACCUUCUGGCGACUUAAUAGUGGUUUGGUGGGAGAUUUCACUUAAGUAUUCAUCUCACAAUGUCGUGUCUUGGUUGAUGAGGUUGCAAGUGCAGUGCUCCGCCUUUUAGCAUGCAGUUUGAGGUAUAAUGAGCAUCUGCACUUUUGACAUGCUCUGCUUUCAGGUUUUCUACAUCAGAAGAAACCAAGAGAAUACCCCAUCACUUGUUGCUUCCUGCCACAUCUCUACGUUUAAAUCAUUGAGGAAAUAUACAUGAACUGAAGCCAAAUCUUCAUGCAGCUUUGUUCAAGUUCAGAUCAACUUGAGUUCAUACUUCAUGCCUUGUGGAUUAUUAUCUUAGCCGGGUGUUAGGAUCUAGGUGGCAACGCUUGAGAUGCAGCUUUGUCCCGAGCUUUUGCCAUUUUGUAUCUAUGUUGUCAUUGAGGGUGCUGACAAGCUUUUUAAUUAUAUUUUAAGUGCAAUGAGCACUAAAAGAUAUGAAUAACAGUAAACAUACAGACAAGGAAAAUGAAGAUUCUACA